AUGAGUUAAAAAGAUGAAACAGAAUAAGAAAAAGAAGAUUAAUAUAUAGAGAAUGAAAAUGAGAAUGAUGAUAAAACAGGAGUUUAAUAAAAUUAAUCUCUUAAUGAUGGAACAAUAUAAGAUAAUUCAAGAAUAGAACCACCUAUUGUUGAAUUAAAGAACUAAAAUGAAGAAAUAAAUUAAGAGUAACUCUAAAUACCAAAAUAAGAUUCAAAUGUAGCUACACCAACAAGAACUUCUUAACAUGAGGCAUCUCCAGUUGUAUAAAGAGAUUAAAUAUAAUAUCAAGAAAAAGAUUAGUAAUCAAUAGAUGGUACAGAAUUUAAAUAAGAAGAACAAUUUGAUAUACUAUAAAAUAUAGAUAAUUAAUAACAAAAUAAGUAAGAAAAAAUAAAUGAAGAAAAUAAUCAUGAAGAACAAAAUGAAAAAUCUUCAGAAAAUCAUUAAAAUGAAUAAAGUUUUAAGAAAGAACAAGUUGAAUAAGAAGAAUUAUAAAAAUCUUUUCACUCAUAAUAAUAUUCUUAAAAAUCAAAUAAAUCAACAUUAUCUGAAAAAAUAACUUUCUUAUAAUCUACUUUAUAAAUGAAAGAUGAAUUAAUAUUAACAUUGUAAGAUGAAAUUGCUGUUUUGAAAUAAUCUUAAUUAGAUAAAUAAGAGCAUAUAGAAACUAUUGAAAAAAAACAUGCAGAAAAAUUAGAAAAACUUUUUAAAAAAGUAGAAGAAUUAGAAAAACUUCUAAAAGAAAAAGAAAAUGAUAUAGAAUAAUAUCGUAAUGGAAAUUAGACUUUACAUCUUCAAGAUUUAUCUGUUAUUUCUGUAUAAAAAAAUGAUAAUAUUAAAUCAAAUGUUAAUGAUAAAAAAGAUGUUACUAUUUUUGAAGUUCUUAAUGAAAAAUAAACAACUGCAGAUUUAUCAGAACUUGGAAAUAAUUUUUGGUUAAUAUCAGCAGAAAGAAAAAUUUAGAAAAAUAAUCCUUUAUAUAAAGAUUAUUUUCCAAAAGAUCCAGAACCUGAAUAACUUAAAAAUAAAAUUGUUAUAAAUCAUCCAACUAAGAAAUAUGAUAAAUCAUAUUGGUACAAAUAUGUUGAAAUAAAAAAACCACCAAGAUAUAAUCAUAAUAUAUAAUUACCUAAAUUACCAGAAUUAAAUCAUUAAUAUUAAUAAAAUGAUCCAAAGUUAUUAUCUAAAUAACUUUAAUAAAAUUAAGAAAUGUAAUAAUAAAUAAUUUAGUCAAUUUAAUAAUAAACACCUUUUGGUUUUUCUUAAACAGUAUAAAAUAAGGUAAAUCCAAUAUCAUAAUCUAUUCCUUUUAGCCAAAAAUUAUUAGCAAAUAACCAAAGGAGUGGUAGCUAAUAAUAAAAGUAAAUUAUUGUUUAAAAUUAGUAAUAAUUUAAUUAAAAAUAAAAUGUAUGCAUCAUAACCUACUAUUUUAAAGGCACAAUAAGUAUCAUUUGAUCAAGAAGAUUUUUUAGCUGAUUAGGAAAUUGAAUAGAUGUUUGCUUAGUAAUCUCCUCCAAAAAAAUAAAAAAUAGAUUGGGAUUAAUAACCAAGGAAUAAUUAUAUGAUUGUUUAACAUACUAACUCUUCUUAGGUCAUAGAAUAAAAAGAAAAGUUUCCCAAUUUGUCCUAAAAGCUCUCAUAUGUCAAUUAAUACUCUCAUAAAAAAGAAAUGUAUUAAUUAUAAUAUAACAAUUAGCUCAAGAUUAAAUGAAUCAUAAAAUUAAAAUAGAACUAAGAUAUCAAAAAAUUAUUGA